AUGUCCUAAAACAGACAAACCAAACAAGCAUUCCUUGAUUCCCCCCAUCUCUCUCUCUUCCUGUCUCUCUCUCCUCUCUGCAAUCACGCUUUGAAGUCCAAAUACAAAAGCUUCAACACUCCCAAAUCCUUCUCUCUUGUCAUUCCCUUCAACUACCCCCAAAACCCCCCUAAACCCCCUUUGUAAUUUUAUCAUUAAUCGAACUAGAAUUCUUUAACUCGAAGUCAUGGUUGAUUACUCGACCCAACUCAUCGAUGGGAAUGGCGAGUUCAAUGUUACUGGUCUCGACAAUUUCAUGAAAGCUGUCAAGCUCCGCGAAUUGGGUCUCUCAUACGCCGUCGUUGCUAUCAUGGGUCCUCAAAGCAGUGGGAAGAGCACACUAUUAAAUCAUCUUUUCCAUACACGUUUUAGGGAGAUGGAUGCAUUCAAGGGAAGGAGUCAAACUACGAAAGGCAUUUGGAUAGCCAAGGCUGUCGGUGUUGAACCUUGCACAAUUGUCAUGGAUUUAGAGGGUACUGAUGGGAGAGAAAGAGGCGAGGAUGAUACAACAUUUGAGAAACAAAGUGCUCUAUUUGCUUUGGCAGUUUCAGACAUCGUAUUGAUAAAUAUGUGGUGCCAUGAUAUUGGUCGGGAGCAUGCUGCCAACAAGCCUCUCCUAAAAACAGUAUUCCAGGUCAUGAUGCGAUUAUUUAGUCCGCGCAAAACUACUCUUCUCUUCGUAAUACGUGAUAAAACAAAGACACCACUUGAACAUUUGGAGCCUGUUCUGAGGGAAGAUAUUCAGAAGAUAUGGGAUACAGUUUCUAAGCCACAGGCUCACAAGGACACACCUCUCAGUGAAUUUUUCAAUGUGGAGGUCACUGCUUUAUCUAGCUAUGAGGAGAGGGAACAGCAGUUUAAAGAGCAGGUUGCUCAACUGAGGCAGCGUUUUUUCCAUUCUAUUGCUCCAGGAGGGCUUGCUGGUGAUAGAAGAGGAGUUGUUCCUGCAUCAGGAUUUUCUUUCAGUGCACAACAGAUAUGGAAAGUUAUAAAAGAAAACAAGGAUCUAGACCUUCCUGCUCACAAGGUCAUGGUUGCCAGUGUCCGGUGUGAAGAGAUUGCCAAUGAAAAGCUCAGUUGCUUGACCUCUGAUGUGGGUUGGGUGGCAUUGGAGGAAGCUGUUCGAUCUGGUACAGUAUCAGGUUUUGGGAAGAAGCUAAGCUCAAUAAUAGAAACCUAUCUUUCAGAAUAUGAUAUGGAGGCUUUCUACUUUGACGAAGGUGUGAGAAAGGCAAAGCGACAACAACUAGAGACAAAAGUAUUACAGUUAGUGCAUCCUGCUUACAGUACCUUGUUGGGACAUUUACGUUCUAAAGCACUUGAGAGUUUUAAGACCCACCUUGAACAAUCAUUGCACAGAGGACUAGGAUUUGCUGAUUCUGUUCGCAACAGCACUAAGGCUUGUAUGCUUGACUUUGAGCAGAGUUGUGCAGAUGCAACCAUAAAGCAAGCUAAUUGGGAUGCUUCAAAAGUCCGUGAGAAACUUCGUCGCGACAUUGAGGCACAUGCUUCAUCUGUUCGUAGCGCAAAAUUGUCAGAAAUUGUAGCUAGUUUUGAGAAAAAACUUGGUCAAGCACUGGCUGCACCUGUGGAGUCCCUUCUGGAGGCUAGCGAAAAAGAUACUUGGUCUUCUAUAAGAAGGCUUCUAAAACGUGAGACUGAUGUUGGAAUAUCAGAAUUUUCAUCUGCUCUCACCGGUUUUGAGUUGGACCAAGCAACAUUUGACAAAAUGGUUCAAAAUUUAAGGGACUAUGCGAGAAGUGUGGUUGAGAAAAAAUGUAGGGAGGAAGCUGGGAAAGUUCUGAUUCGGAUGAAGGAUAGGUUUUCGACAAUCUUCAACCAUGACACUGAUUCAAUGCCAAGGGUUUGGACUGGAGCGGAAGAUAUUAGAGCAAUCACUAAAGAUGCUCGCUCUGCGUCACUGAAGCUUUUAUCUGUUAUGGCGGCCACACGCUUGGAUGAGAAACCAGAUAAGAUAGAGAAUGUACUUUUCUCAUCGCUCAUGGAUGGAACAGUUGCCUUGCCUUCUUCACAAAAUAGGGGCAUUGGAGAUUCUGCAGAUCCUCUUGCUUCAAGCUCGUGGGAGGAGGUACCUCCAGAAAACACACUGAUUACGCCUGUGCAGUGCAAGUCUUUGUGGAGACAGUUUAAGGCAGAAACUGAGUAUACAGUCACUCAAGCUAUUUCAGCCCAGGAGGCUCACAAGCGCAACAACAACUGGUUACCUCCUCCAUGGGCUAUCAUGGCAAUGGUUGUUCUCGGGUUCAAUGAAUUCAUGCUUCUUUUAAAGAAUCCUCUCUACCUCAUGGCCUUAUUUGUUAUAUACUUACUUGCAAAAGCCUUAUGGGUACAAAUGGACAUUGCUGGGGAGUUUCAUCAUGGCCCUUUGGCUGGACUUCUUUCCCUCUCAUCGAGGUUUCUUCCCACCGUCAUGAACCUUCUGAGGAAACUUGCGGAAGAGGCUCAAGGGAAUCCGGCUCCUGAAGCACCAAGACCACCUCAGCCACUGGGUUCUCAUAAUUUCAAAGGUCAAACACAGCAGCCAAACACAGUAUCAAGUUCGGUUCCUGUUUCAUCUGUGUCAUCUAACAUUUCAUCAACUGAAAGUGGUGAUGAAUACUCAAGCCCUCAGCUGACACAUAGGCGAGUUUCAAAUGUUGAACAAGCUGAAUCUUCUUGAUCGUAAAAAUGAUUCUUGUUUGUGUUCUCUUGUAUACUAGAAUAGGAAGGAUAUACUCUGUUGUGUAUUUUUUGUUUUGAAAAAAAAAAAAGAACAAGGAGAGGGGAAAGGUAUUGAAAUGUGUUUUUCCUGUUUUAGGAUGAAGAGAUCAAAACAAAAUUGAGGGGGACCUGUGUUACAUUUUUAAUUAUGAAGUAUUUAUACUGAAUGUUUCAAAUUUCAAUAAGACACAAAGUAUUUGGAUGUUGAAGCAUCAAGUUCAGCAUCAUCCAUUAAGAUA